AGGGGCACCCUCUUCUGGGCGCUUUCAAGAAAGUUCCUUGAAGGUGGCUUUUCAAAUGGCUGUUUUUUGUUUUUGCUUUGCCUUCUUUAUGCCUUUCAGGACCUCUAGUGGGAGAUUAAGUUAACAAAGUAAUAUAUUUAAGAAGAGGCUGAGAUUUUUCGCCUAGAGUAGAAUAAAGUACAAUCGGUUUUUUCUCACAUUUUAAUCCCUACAACCACUUUUUCUCCUUUCUUCAUAGUACAUUUGCAGAAAGCUAUUAAGAUUCAGCACAACAGUAGCUAUGUACUGCCAGUACACAAACUCUAUUUCCGGGAAAAUCACCCCACUCCGGCGCUUUGAUACGAGGCUGGUCGCUUCCCUUGAAUAUUUGGUGAUGUCAUGCGCAGUGAGCGGGGACCUACGGGUGGAGGUGUGGACACUAACUGUUGCUCUUGGAGGGGUGCGCAUCAGCAAAAAUGGCGCCGUGCAGGACUUCCUUGCUAACGUUAAUAGUAUUGCUGCUGUUAUGUGGGACUCCGAGAAUCCAGGGACUGUGGAGACAAGUGAGGAUCAUCACAGACAAGAACUGGAAGGAGCUACUGGAAGGAGAAUGGAUGAUUGAAUUUUAUGCUCCAUGGUGUCCUGCUUGUCAGAACCUUCAGCCAGAGUGGGAAGAUUUUGCAAAAUUGGGGGAAGAUCUUGGGGUUAAUAUUGCAAAAGUGGAUGUCACAGAGCAGCCAGGUCUCAGUGGUCGGUUUAUCAUAACUGCACUUCCCACUAUCUACCACUGUAGAAAUGGAGAAUUUAGAAGAUAUCAAGGCCCCAGGACUAAAGAGGACUUCAUAAAUUUCAUAAGUGACAAAGAAUGGAAAAGUAUUGAACCUGUUUCUUCUUGGUUUGGGCCAGGUUCUUUUCUGAUGAGCAGUAUGUCGGCUCUUUUUCAGCUAUCUAUGUGGAUUAGGACUUGCCAUAACUAUUUUACAGAAGAUCUUAAAAUGCCUGUUUGGGGAUCUUAUGCCAUUUUUGCCUUAGCAACUCUCUUCUUAGGCCUUAUAUUAGGACUUAUUAUGGUAUUUGUGGCAGACUUCCUUUGUCCUUCAAAAAAAAAUAAAUCACAGCAAUCUCCCUAUUCAAAAAAAGUCCUGCCAGAAUCUGCUCAUCUUUUUAAAAAAUUGGAACAAGAACAAGAGGCAGAUGAAGAUCAUUCAGAUGAUGAAUUGGAGAAUCAUUCAUCAAGAAAAGACUUUUCACAGACUGCAAUGAGACAGCGCAUCGUCAAUCCUCUUUCAGUAGUGGAUAAAUUUUAGUUUUCUUAGUUAAUUUAAGUUAUUGUUUUGACAAAACUAUGAAGAAUGAUAAUUAACUUUUUGGUUUGAAAUAACUGACAUGUACAUUUGUAGCAAUUAGAUAUUUUUAAACAGUUUACUUUUUUAAAAAAAUAAUAUUGUCAGCUGGAAUGGAAAGCUAAAAUAGACUUUGAAAAUAGUUUGGUGGCUCACCCAGUUCCUCAAAAUAGAAAAACCUGAUUUCAAACAAUUUGAUAGAUGUCUCUUUUUCUUUAAUUAUAAUUUAUUUUUUAAGUGUAAAUUGAAAAUUAUAGGUCCACUGUAUUACCCUUUGGGGUUAUUUAAAGAGUUUAUGCUAAUUAGUUUCAUUUUAAGAGAAAACAUUCAUUAUUUAUAUAAAAUUCAGUUUCAUUUUUGGAAAAAAAUUAAGCAAAACUCUUCACCUUAAGUGAGAAUUUUUCUUAAUGUCUUGUAAGAAAAUAUAUUUCACAAUAAACUUUGAUCUUUUAUAGUGAUGUAGGCCUAAUUUUGCUCAUAUCUAUGUUAAUGUUAAUAAAAGUGAUUGCUUUUAAUUAUACUACUUUCUGUAAAUGAUAACAAUUAACAAUAGAAACUUAGCAAUCAUAAGUUCUAUUUUUAUAAUGUCUUAAUUUCAUCUAAUGUCAACAAUCAUGGCUUUUUUUUGGGUUAUUUUAUGUAAAGUUAAAGUAUUCCCUUCUGCACAAAAUCUAUUUAUUUGCACAUUUUCUUACAUCUGAAAUUUUAUUUUAACUCCAUUACUUUACUCAGAAUGAAUCAGUUCAUUUCCUGUGACUUUAAAGAUCGAUUUUCUUAGUCUGUGAUCCUGUGAUCUUUUGGAAGUGAAGUAAACAUUUUUCAUAUUAUUUGGGAUUUGAACAAUUAUUUUGUAGAAAAACAGUAUUUUGAAUUUCACAUGAUUCAGGAAUUAACAUAGAAAAAUCUUUUUAUAAAUAUAUUUUUAAAAAUGGAAAUUUGCUUUUGUGCAAAUGAAAAUAUUGAAAUAUGCUUAAAAUUUUAGCAUUGUCUAUUAAUAAUUGAUAAUCGCUCAAGUAGUCCUUUGUUCAAUUAAAUUACUUUUGAUAAAAAAAUAAAAAUUGCUGAUAAUUUGAUAUCCGAACUACUUCAAAGCAAACAACUUUUUAAAUUUUAAACUAUUCAAAAAAUAUUUUGUAACAUUUAGCUGUUUAAUAAUUAGGAAUUAUUAAUGGUAGCUAGCCAAAAAAGCUCCCAAACCCAAGGUUCUCUACUCAUAUUGGAAAAAAAGCAUUUUAUAUCUAGUAAUUUUGAUAUAUUUUUGUCUUCAUUAAAGAAAAUUUUUAAUUCAUUUUUGCCAAGUUUAAUAUAUUUUGUCACAGAGUUUUUAAAAUAACAUUUCCAAGUUUUUGAGAAAAAGAGCUAUACUCAUACUUUAGAGAGUUGGAACCUAGAAAAUGUGACUUAGAAAAUAAAGAUACAGGGAAGACCAAAACUUGUGAUAAGCUACCAGAGAAAAAUACCUUAAGAGUUCUUUCAAAAACAUGUGCUUUCUUUUUCAUGUGCUUACAGUAUCUUCUUUCUUUAUAUAGUCCUAACAUGAACUCAGUAAUUUUUUGUUCAAUAUUGUUUAAAAGGAUUUUCUUUUAAAAUAAUGAAUAUUCACAGACUAAAGCCUCCUGAAUUUCAAAAAAUGACCUAAUAUUUGAUGUGACACUGUGUUUAAAAAUUUGUUUAAAAAAACAAAAACAAAACCUGUCUACAAAUUUUUCUAAACAAAUGAAAUUUUUUUAUUUGUAUACUAACAAAAUAAAACUAAUGGAUUUGUAUUUGUAUGAAAUGUUCAAAGUAAUAUGCAUUUAUAUUUGUUGGGGAAGGGUUAUUUUAUUUUUUAAUUACAUCCUAUUUUUGUAUGGUUGUUUUUUUUUUUUUCUUUGUAAACCAUUUUGUUCUUAAUGGUGCCUGGUGAAAGGGUGCAAGAUAGUUGGUUAUAGUUAAAUCUUUACUUUAUAAUGAUUAGAAUCAUCGUGAUUACUGUGGAAUGGAAAUAGCUUUAUUUUUCUUGAUCUUGUCCCUACUAAGAAACCAACUUCACAGCUGACGAUGAUUUCUAAAAGCUAUGUUUUUUGUCUCUGAUAUUUUUAUAUUUUCCAAAUAAUUUUAUGCUAACUGCAUUAUCUUAAUAUUUUAAAAUUAAAUUUUAUUUCUUUUUUACAAAGAUUUAUCUUCUCUUCUUCCCACCUUUCAUUGACAAAACAAUGAAAAACAAAACACAUUUUAUAAGCAUAUAUAGUCAGGCAAAACAAAUUUCCAAAUUGACCAUGUCAAAAAAAAAAAAGUUUGAAUCUGGACUCCUUUGUCUACAAGUAUAUUGCAUGUUUCAUCAUCAUUCCUUUGGAAUUGUGGUUGGCCUUUGUGUUCCCUGAAUUUUUCAAAGUUGUUUAUUUUGAUAAUGUUGUUACUGUAUAAGUAAUUUUCUUGGUGCUUUUCACUUCACUUUAUAGUCAUAUAAGUUCCUCAGAUUUCUCUCGAGCCGUACCUUUAAUCACUUCUUAAUGUAUAGUAAUAUUCCUUUAUAUUCACAUACCUGCUCAGUCAUUUCCCCAAUUGGUGGACAUCCCCAAUUCCCAAUUCUUUUUAACCACAAAAAAAAACUUCUUAUAAUUUC